GACCGGUGUUAUUUUCUUACAAAAGGAAUCUUUGUUCCUCUCCUUCAGUUUCAGUCCUGUCUGCAUCUUUGAACAAAAAAAGAUUGACAUUGUUCCCUUCUUUUCCCCCAAUUUUUCAGAACCCUAACGUACAAAUUGGGGAGAUCUAAGGGGGAAAUAGGAAGCGAAACAUAGAGUUUUUGUCGAAGAGAGCGAAAUCUUGUUACAACAAUUGUGUGGAAUCUUUCUCCAGGUUCAUGGAGUAGACUUACCAAUACUGGGCGAAAUUGAUUCCGGUUUAGACUAAGUUGUGGAAGAGUAAAGGACGGAGACAGAUAUAAGUUUUUAAAUAAGGGAUUAAGAUGAUGGAAGGACUAUAACUAAUAAGACGCACACUCUUAACUCCUCUACCCGCACCUCCUACCCAAAGAAAGCAGGACACCUAAGAGGAUCAAUCAAAAGAAGCAAGAAAUGGGGGUAAGCAGGAGGAGGCUGCUGGUUUCAGAUUUCAUCAUGUCCUUCAUGUGGGUCUGGUCAAGUGUGCUUAUCAAGAUGUUUGUUCACACAAUGUUGGGUUAUGGGGCUCAUGAUCUCAAAGGUGAAAUCCUCAAACAUUCAAUAUCUGUCAUCAAUAUGUUCUUCUUUGCCUUCUUGGCGAAAGCUACCAAGGGUGGGGCCUACAACCCUCUCACUAUCUUGUCCGGUGCCAUCUCCGGGGAUCUCUCCAAUUUCCUCUUCACUGUCGGUGCCAGAAUCCCUGCUCAAGUCUUUGGUUCAAUUACUGGGGUUAGGCUCAUCAUUGCAGCAUUUCCAAACAUAGGACGAGGACCUCGUUUGACCAUUGACAUCCACCGAGGUGCACUGAUUGAAGGGUGCUUGACAUUUGCGAUUGUUACCAUUUCACUUGGACUUUCCAGAAGAAGUCGUGCGAGUACCUUAAUGAAGACGUGGAUAUCCAGUCUGUCCAAGCUGACACUUCACAUACUUGGUUCUGAUCUAACAGGGGGCUGCAUGAAUCCAGCCUCUGUGAUGGGAUGGGCUUAUGCGCGUGGGGAUCAUAUAACCAAGGAGCACAUACAUGUUUAUUGGCUUGCUCCAAUACAGGCAACUUUGCUGGCUGUGUGGACUUUCAACUUGCUAGUUUCCCCCCCAAAGGACGAAAGGGAGAAGAUGAUAGAGAAAAAGUCAGAAUGAAGGAGAUUCCUAAAUUAUUGGCGAUCGUACAGUUUGGAUUAUGUAUUAUGUCUUUCUCCAGUAUGAUUGCAUGAACUUAAUUUUCUGUUUUUAACUAAACACGUAUAAUGUUCAGUUAAGGGAUGUACGUUUUGUCUCAAUGUUGUAGCCUCUCAAGAGCGAUUGAGAAUCUCGAGAACCUUUCCAAAUGCCUGUCUUCACGGGGCGAUUUGCAAAGAGAGGAGUAUUUAAUUCUUUUACUA